AUGCGAAAUAGAUGUCACGUGCGAAGAUGUCUCAGCUGCCAUCUCCGCGUCCUUAUCCUCGGCGACCCUCGUUACAGAAAUAUCUCCCUCUCCUCGGUGCUUAGCAACAGGCGUACAAUGCAGGCCUUGAUGGCGGUGGCGGCAAUUCCUUCUUUUGGCCAUCUCCGCUGGCCGGCCAAGGAGACAUGUUUAACUAUGAAAUCUAGGUCUAGUCGCUCAGUAGCCUGCGUGAACUCGCAGCGGCGGCCGCGUUAUGGUCUUCAGGUUUUGCUAUGCCAGAGGCAGACGAACCAUCGCACCAAUGGUGAUGAGGACGACGAUGUGUUUGAUGAUUUGUUGAACAAGUAUGGUAAGGUGGUUUACAAGAGAGGCGAUCAAAUGUCUCCCAGUGGGGAGGCUGACGACGAUGCUGAAAGCUUGUCCUUUGCUGUUACCUUAGCCAAAGUUGCUAAUGAUGUAAAGGCUGCGGAUAUCCGUAUCCUUUUUGUGAAACCACUAGUUUAUUGGACACGUUUUUUCAUCAUUGUCACGGCCUUUUCACGCCCCCAAAUUGACGCCAUAGGGUCCCGGAUUAGAGACAUUGCUGAGAAGCAAUUUAGGAAGAUUGCUUCUGGUGAUACGAAGCCUAACUCAUGGACUUUAAUGGACUUUGGUGAUGUGGUUGUUCACAUAUUUCUUCCACAACAGCGGGCUUUUUAUAACUUGGAAGAAUUUUAUGCCAAUGCCACACCAAUUGAACUGCCUUUUGAUACUCCGCCCUCGGUUCGAAAAUGAAAUGCUCUUCACCAUUUCUGCCAUGUAUCUUAUUAAGACUUCGUUUUGGGACGAAAUUUUUUAUGUUUCUUAAAGCAGUUUUUUAGUAUAAAAAUUUUAAUUUUUGUGCUAGAAAGCUGCUUUAUGAAGCAGUAAAAAAGCCGUUCCAAACUCAGCCUAAAUCAAUUGAGAGGUUUCUGUGAUCAUUCAUCAUGUAAAGAGGUUUUGGCACUAAAUGAUUUGUAGUCAGAAUGAUCCACAGUUGCGAUAAAGAGAAUUGAAUUGUCACUCCAAGUGUCGUUUUAGAGCUUAGUUACUGAUUUGGUCAUCCAAUGCAACAGGGGUCAGAAACCUUGACUGAGCGUAAAGUGUUAGAUUGUGUAUAACACUGCUUUAUAGUUCAAGAAGAUGUGUUAACGUAUUGUUCCCAUGAAAUCUUAUUGUUUAUUUGUUUGUGUGACUUCAAAA